AGUAACAGUUAUUUUAUUCUUUCGUGAACUCUUCUUCACCGAGUCACUGUUUAAUGUUUGUGUUAAUUAACAGCUGGUGGGCGAGAGAAAUAGCUCGUUGCUGUUGGUAAACUCAAGUGGUAAUCUGGGUUGUAGAAAUUGAAGAGGGGAACGUUACUAUUCGUUGCAAGUGCAUUAUUCUUUUUUCCUCGACAUGGCAUCUGAUUCAUGUGGUAACGAUGCACAAUCUGGGAAGAGCUGCACCAAAAAGCUUAUUAAUAAGGUGCUUGUGACUAGUGACUGAUAUUGACAGUCAAUAUUGAUAUACUUAGACUACGUCUAAAUAUAGAUUUUAUAGUCUAUAGUUCAUAAAUAUCAUAUUCAUAUCAUUAUAGUUACUACCUAUUAAUUUUAACACCAAAUAUUUAAUAUUUUAUUAAGUUUAUUAAGCCAAACUAAGUGUUAAGCACACGACCUAUCAGUAACAAUAACACUGAUAACACAUCAUAUAUGAAUUUGACAAGAUUAUAUGACAAGACAAAACAACUGCACUUAUUAAGUGACUUAACUGUAACUGUUACUACUCCCGCAGUGGUUCUCAAAAAGGAUGAUACCUCCCUGGGGUAAGGGGUAUUACCCAGCAUGUGGGAUUUUAAAUUGUGGGUCAAGUUAACAGGGCUAACAUUCAAUAUUCAAUGGAAAAGGGUAAAUUGUCCAUUCAAAUUUAUUCAUGACCCAAUUUAUAUUGUAAACAGCCUUAUUUUUUUGGUGCCAAUAACAUUAAUGUAAGUGUCUUAAGUUGCUAAAAAAAGUAUUUAAAUUUAAAACAUUUAUAGCUUACCGAAAGGUCAGUGACAGAAAAAAUAAAUGAAGGUUCACUUCUUUGGGUAAAUUGUAGGAUCGUCAUAGUAAGAUAUAUAUUGUACUUAAUUGAUGAUAAAAGUAAUUUAAUAUUAGUUUGUGAGGUACAAUGCAAAAAAAAAAACCAGAUCACCUCAGACCCAAAUGUUAAAUGGCCACAAAAGUUUUUGCAUAUUUUUUUAUAUGCAAAGAAAUUUGCUCGGACGAGUAUCAAAGUACCAAGUGGGGAGUUAAAAUGAUUUGUCUUGGGGUUUGGGGAGAGAUGAAUUCUGAAACUGGUGAAUUAAUAAUCCAACCUGAUGACUAUUAAAAAACAAGCAUCACUUCACCAAGACUAUUCAUCUUCUUAGCCGUUCUCACUCCCAUUGGAGCAUAGGCCACCCACAAUACUUUUCCAUCUCUCCCUGUCCUGGGCUAUAUUUGCUAUUCAGCCCAGCGUUUCUUCACUCUCUUCACCUCGGUCUGUACUCCCCUCUUCCAUACUGCUCUUGGUCUUACUUGUUUUGUCUUCCCCUCCUCCAACAUUGUUCUAACAUUCCAGGUGCCAAUCCUGGAACUUUUCCUCAGCGUCAGACAAGUCAGCUCCCUUAUGGGUUUGGCUAACCUGCAUCAUUAUCCUUUUAUAAGGACUGGCCCUUGCUGGGGGUGGCAAACACUUAUUGGUUGUGGAUGUUUUCGAAGCGGUAGUUGAUUUUCUUGCAAUGAAUGGGUUGCUAGCCCAUUGCAAAGCAAGAUACAAUAAGUCGCCUUUACGACAAGCUUGCUUGGCUGUGACUUAUUCUACUCCUAUAUUAGGUCCCGUCAGUUGCACCAUCCAUCAUAGCAAUAAUAAAAAUUGAGAGGUGAAGACAUAAGUUACUUAAUUGAAUUAAUAAUUAAAUGUAAUAAAAUAAAUUGUAUUGUAUUAAAUUGGAUUGAAAGUUCACUCAUGGUAUUCUUCAUUUUUGUAGCUACAUUAGAUCGUGUCACAUUGCUUUGAGGAUCAUGCAAAUUAAUAUCCUGAAUAUUAGGGGAUUGUGUCCUCCUUGGUUCUCACCAGUUUUUUUUCUAAACAGCUGUGGCACUGGUCAGUGCUUCUGUUUAUAAAGUAUUGAUACAAUUUUUGCCUCUCCUGAACAAUGGCCGAUUUCAGUCGCUAAUUUAUGACGAAGGUAAGCAUUUUGUUGGAAUGCACCCCCAGAAGCAUCAUCUACACGGUUUAUUUGGGGACCAUAUGACUGGUUUGAUGAAGGUUACAUUCUCCCAUUGAAGGAUGGUUGCUGUAUGGGAAGGAGCUCCGUCUGGUUGCAAUGUUCAGUUGUGACGAUUACAUCUUGAUCAAAUAUUCAAAAGUACUCCUUGACUUAAGAUGGGUUGACAAUAAGACUCACUGUUCACUUUGGCUCCAGGUUCCACAAAUAAUCCACUGGUUUUUCCUAUCAGGACCACAGACCGAAACCAUGAUGUCACAACCAAAAUGCUCAUGUUAGAGUAUUAGUCUCGUUGCUGGAACUUAAAAAAAAUUUCUAUGCUUCAGAAAAAAUAUGAUCAUUUUGAGAAUUAAUGGGUUUGGCAAAAGGGUGCUUUUAUUCUGUAGAUAUAUUGCUUUGUAAACUUCUCUUGUUUGGAAACUUAUCUAGUAACUAUUGACUCUGUUGCUGGCAUUUUGAUUUACAGUAUAUACUGCCUUAUUAUGCGUUUGUACAUUUGAAGUUGAUGUUUUGCUUUACAAUAUGUUCCACUGCUCUUCAUGAUUUGCCAGUUGCUCAUUCAAUUUCUUGUGGAGUAUUGUGAUCGCGAGGAUCAUCAUCCUGGCUGCAAAUCAGCUCACUCACACACUGAAUGUUCUGCACUGUUCUGAAUAAGGUUGGCCACUUCCUGGGAUUCGUGCUAUUGUACCAUCUGCUUUAAUAUUGUUAACAAAGUUCAAGUCGAUUAAGACUUGUUUGUCUCCAUGCUUUAUCAGGAAACACUUUGUCUCCAUGCUUUAUCUGGAAACACUUUAGUCAUUUGUCCAGCUCACAAUGUUUUUCAAUUCACAAUUUUUAAAUGAGAAUACAAUAUUCUGCUGCUAUUGUUCCCAUUUUAUAAAAACACUGAAAAAAAAAUUAAAAUAAAUUCAAAGUAGAGAUGUCAUGUGUACAGUUAGUAAGUAAUUUUUGUAUUACUAAUAUUCAUAGUGAACUCCAGAAUUAAACACCAUUGCCAUGACUGGUAUGACCUGCAGAAAGAAUUUACCAAGUCCAAGGUCUGAGGAGGGUGGGGGGUAGGCUUCCACCACUCAGAGGUGGGAUAGGCAUCCCUGGUUAGGAGGGAAGGCAGAGGGAACUGGGGAUUAUUUUAUGCCCCAAAGGGUGCCAUAUCCAGAAAAAGUUUGAGAAUCACGGAGAAAGACUAGCAACCCCUUUUCAAUCACCAUUUUCAUUUGGCCUCUCUGUGAAGCUUUUGUUAAUUUUCAUUGCUGCCCACAAAGUACAUAUCGGUACUCUACUUACAUUUAGACGAUUCAUUUUAUUACUAUGUUAACUUGGUUCAAUUUUAAUGACAUCAUCCACAUCAUGGCUGACAUUAACAAUACUAAAGAAAGAGAGAGAGAGAUCAACAGCAACAAUGUUUAGGAAGCUCCAUAAACACACUAAAAACAAAUCUCAUUAUGUUUCUACUUAAGAAUCACGGAGAUUUUUGAUGCCUUACUGGUAAUGAAACAACAUAUUUAGAUGAGCUUACCUCAUAUUAAGGGUGAUUCUUGAGGCCCCAUUUCAAUGUUACUAAGUUUUAAAAUAGUCCCUAAGCCAACAAGUCUUUUUAUUCUCUCUUACAGAUCUGUUAAUCCCAGGGUUAGGGGAAAUAGGUCACAGAGAGACUGGAGUGCUUUGGUUUCUAUUGUAGGUCUCAUAGGAGGACUUUUUUUAAUGAUCAGUUCAUCAGGAAUUAAUCCUUGCUACAGUUGUAAAUCCUCACAAUUUCACAGUGUUUCACAAAAAUGGUGGGUAGCUUCUGGGAUUUUAAAUCGACUCUCUUUAUAAACUCAGUUCCCCUUUGUGAUCUUCCAAACAUUCCUUGUGACUGUUGAACACACAUUCUGGCUUUGGCCUGUUUCUUAGCUGCAUGAGGGUUUCAUACUUGUCUUGACGAUUUCUUGAAGUUUUCAUCAGCAUAUGCUUGAUAAUUUGUACAGCUUAUUCAGCUUUCAUAUUCACCCUGUUGUGUCACCGCCUUGAUUUUAAGUGCUUGAACUUCAGUUUGAUUAAUAAAACAGCUGGUCCCUCCUAAUUAAAAUUAAGAUACCGGUAAUUAAAUAUAAAAGCUUGGAAAGGAAUGUGAAAAAUUAGUUGCUUUUAGAAGAUAAUUUCAUUGGUGAAAAUUUGUUUUGUUUUAGGUUCUUGAUUGUGAACGUGAGUGCAAUGAAGGACUAGUGGCGGUUAAUCCUGGAAUCAGUCUUGUAGAAGGACAAACUGUUGUUGUGCGCACUGAUGUCAGAGAUGUUGUGUCAAGAGGAAAAGUUGUGCUAAUUAGUGGCGGUGGAUCAGGACACGAGCCUGGUCAUGCUGGUAGUAACAUUAUAGUUUUGCUUUAUAUCAUAAUAACUCUUAAGAAGAAUAAAAUAAAUUUGGUAGUAUCAUAGAUAUAUUUGAUCAAAUAGUUAAAUUUUUUGGGUACCAUCAUUUAUUCUUUGACGGAUAAAAAUUAUCUUUAAACCUUUCUAUUUACUGUGAGUAAAUUUUUAAAAAAACUUUGUUAAUUUUACCACAUUGCUCAAUAGUGUCUUAAGUUUCAUUAACCAAUAUGGAGUAUAUGAAAAUAUGUUGACUUGAAAUUAGUUUGAAGCACAUUUGAAUUGCAAAACUUUUCCUAGUUUUUCAAUUUUGCAUGUUUAACUAUUUCUUUCUACUAAGGUAAAGUCUCAUAUUUCUUUUCAAUAUUGUACAGUAUUAUAUUUCUUUUCACUAGUGUACAGUCUGAUAUUUUUUUCCUUUGCUUCAGGCUAUGUUGGAAAGGGAGGUUUGACAGCUUGUGCCUGCGGAUCUGUGUUUACAUCCCCUCCACCUGGAUGUAUUAUGGCAGCCAUCAAUGCAGCAUGCCAGCAACACAAAGGUGUCUUUUUUUAGAUAAUAUACAAAAACAAAUAAAUUAUUGUUGGGAAUUAUUUAAGAUGUUUAUGAUAUACCAGUUUAACAUAUUGACAAUUUGCUGACCAAAAAUAAUAUAAAUGAAGAACAACAUAAUAAACCAUAAGCUUUUUAACAAUGCAAAAUCCUUUUUUUUUAAUUUUGGUCUGUUUAAAAAAAAUAAUUAAAAUCAAUAUACAUCAUUCAUUGAAUUAUUUAUUUACAUUUACUUUAUUCAAAACAUUUCAAAUUUUUCUCCUUUGUGCUACUUCUAAGAAACCUAUAACUUAAUGAAAUAUGAGACACACACAAAAAUACCAUUUCUCUUGGUAGGUUCAAAAUUAAAAUAAUUUUAUUGCUACCAUAAGAACCACAAAAAAGGAAAAUUUAACAUUGCUGAUGCCUAGAUUUAGAUUUUAUUUUGGUCAACCAAACACUCAGGCUGCCAGGUACUGAUGAUAGUUACCAAUUAUACUGGUGAUCGCCUCAACUUUGGUAUAGCAUGUGAAAGGGCGAGAGUUAAGGGCCAUAAAACAGAAAUGGUUGUGGUUGGUGAAGACUGUGCUUUAGAUUCUGUGGAUCAUUCUGCAGGAAGGAGAGGGCUAGCAGGAACAAUGUUUAUUCAUAAGGUAUUUGUUAAUCAUAACUAUCUUAUAAAAACAAAUUUGUUUACUCAAUGAAAAUUCAAUUUUAAAACCAAUUUCCAUGAAAGUUAAUUUACUUUCUUCAUAAAAUCCCAUUUAAUUUAAAAGUAAGUACCGUAACACCUUACUGUUAAACUUAAAAUAACUUAGGAGACAAUGUAGUUUAUUUAAAAAUUAGAUUGCAGGUGCAAUGGCAGAGCAAGGCCAGAGCUUAGAAGAAAUGGUCUCAUCUCUAAAUGUGAUUAAAAUGAAAAUGGGUGAGAAUUUAAUUUCAUAAAGAUUCAGUCAUCAUAUAUUUUACUAAAACAUUAUUUUAACCCAUCUUCAUUUAUAAUUAUGUCAUUAACAAAAGUCAUGAUAAUAAUUAUCAACUAUGUUGCAUCCAUUUAACAAUAAGCAUAAUGUGCCCAAGCAAAAAAUAAAUUGAAAUUAUGGUAUCUACAAUCAUCUAAGUGAAAUAUAUUUUUUGCAAUCAUAAAAUUGUUCACCAGGUACGAUCGGCCUCUCCCUGUCCCCAUGUUCAGUGCCUGGAUCUGGACCUUCAUUUACAUUGCAGGCUGAUGAAAUGGAAUUAGGAUUAGGUAAGCUAUGCUUCCCUUUUUGAAGUCAUUUAAAUAUUGAAAGAAAAAUGUUAGAAAUUAAAUGAAAGUGACAAAAAUAUUUAAUUAAGAACAAAACUUUUUUUUCCUUUAUUAUAAGGAUACUGUCCAAGAGUAUGUUGGUUAAAUUUAUUCCUUACUUUAAGUGCAUAGAGGUCAUGAAGCACUGAGAUUCACUUUUGAAAUUUCUGAGAGGAUAUUUUUUUUACACUAUUAUUUUCAGACGUAAUGUUUGAUAAUGCAAAAAAUUAAUGAUUAAAAAAAUUGCUGUGAAAUUAUAAAAAUGUGACAUUAAGACAUUGAUGUCAGCGCUUUAAAAAGAUAUAUAAUUUUAUUAAAACAUUUUUUUUAAGGAGUGCACGGUGAAGCAGGUGUUCGUAGAAUGAAGGUGGGUAUUUUCUGUAUUUCUGAACUUGAGGGUCAUAAUUAAUUUUUUUAGUCUAUUCGCCAAAAGGACAAUGUUUCUUUCUUUUUUUUUAAUAAUAAAAAAAUCUAUUUACCGGUAUAUGCAUCUAAGUUUGUAAUUUCACCACGAAUAUCUUUGCUAAUGAAAAAUAUCGUCUCUUUUGUUUACUUAGAUUCAGACAGCAAAAGAAGCAGUCAAAACCAUGAUGGAUCACAUGACCAACCCAAAAACAUCAACUCAUAUAGAUAUAAAGAAAGGUUUAUUUCAAAUAAGAAAUUAUUUCUGUUUAAUUAUAAUAAAUCGUACAGUAAAGUGUACCCUAAAUUACUUCUUUUUCUUAUUGCACAAAGUGUAUCAUAUUACUUAUAUUGCAAAUGCACUGUGCAAACUGUGCAUUUAUGAUUUUAAAACUAUUUUUUUAUCAUUAAUCUCCAAGCUAAAUCAAAAUAUUUAAUAUUAUGCUCUUUGUACAUUCUGAGAAAACCUGAGCUGCCGAUUUUAAAAAUAAAAGCAAUCUAUCACCCCUGUACCCUUAAAUAUUGAGAACUUGAAACUGCUUUUGGAUCUUUUGCUACACACUGCUGGAAGUUGAAGGAUUUUCUACUGAAUCCUGAAAAUGGUUUCCAUAGCUUUAGGUCUGAUACUGAUAUGUCAAAUAUAACUAAUUUUGCGUAUUAACUUUAAAUUUAUGUUCUAAUUAACUAGGUGAUCGAGUUGCAUUGAUGGUGAACAACUUGGGAGGAACAUCUGUGCUUGAACUCAAUAUUGUAGCUAAAGAAGCAAUUUCUUAUUUAGGUAAUUUUUAUUUUUUAUUAAUUCUUUUUAUUGCAGCAUAUCUGUACAAGAACAUGUGAGGUUUUAAUAAAAAUCACACAGGAAGGAUAAGAAUUGACCCUGAUGUAGGAUAUGGUUUGAUUUGAGACAUUAGAGUUUAUUUUCUGCUUGUGAAAUAUGUAAAAGCUCAACUUUGAAAUCAAAUUGUACUGGUAUUUGAUAUAAAAAUGAGACAACAUAAAACAAUACAAAUGAUAACUUAUUAUAACACAUUUUCAAACUUUUUAUAAAUUUUAGGCUCUCAAAAUGUGUUAACUCAGUGGUCUAUAUAAAAAAAAAAAUUAACUUGAAAAUUAAAUGAAACAAACUUCAUUAACAGUUUUACAAAUAUAACAUGAUUGAAAUUUUAUAACAUAUUUAACAUUAAACAGAGGCUAUUGGUGUAUCAGUGGACAGAGCUUAUUGUGGGACUUUCAUGACAUCACUAGAGAUGGCCGGGGUUUCUAUCACUGUGUUACAUAUCGAUGACGUUGUCUUGGAAUACCUUGGUACAGUAUUUAGUUAUCUUGUUGUCAUAUAAUCAAGUAUUGAAGUAUUUAUUAGAUGAAAAGGACUGCAAAAAAGGUUAGUAAGGAUAAAAAAAGUCUUUUUAUGUGUGUCCAUUAGGACAGAGCUCAGCAACUCUUUUUCACCUGGGGCACAUCCUAGGCAUUUCUAAGAAUUCCAUGACACAAUGCAAGUAUGGAACAUGAAAAAAAAAUUAUAAAGAACAGGAGAGUAUACUGUAAUGCUAAAAGUUAUAAUAUCACUCUGUAUUGCUCUAUAUUAAUAGUCUGUAUUUGUCACAUGUCUAUUAUGGGGUUGUUUGACAGUUUGGUGAUUGGCUAACCUAUUUGUUUUAGCAAUACGGCUUUAUCAUAUUUAUAUGCCUACAUAUGCUUUUCCUUUUAAUGGAGGCAUUCAGCAAUGCACACCUUGCAUCAUCUCGCAGUACACCAUUUCGGAGCUUUGUAUAAGCAGUAGAAGAGUCCUCUGUGAACUAAUAAUAAUAAUAAUAAUUAGUGGUCUUUUAUAGUGCGGUACCCCAGCCUAGGACUGGGCUCACAGCGCUGUACAUAAAAAUAUUAUCAAAAGAGACUACCAAGAAUCUUGUUUUCAAAUGAACGUUUUAAAUGUUCUAUGGGGUAAUGUUAGGAAAAGAAAAUAAAUGAAAAGAAAAUAAAUAAAAUGGUAUGAUUUAAUUUUUUUUCAAACAGGUUUUUGAAUUUUAGCUCUUCUUUCAAUUUUUGUUUUUCUAAUCAUCAAUUUUAUAAUUAUAUGAACCCUCUGAUAUGAUGCCUUAUCUUUUUACUUUAUAGAUUAUCCUACAGAUGCCCCAGCUUGGCGGACACCUUACCUCCCACCAGGGGAAAAGUUAAGGAAAACUCCUGGACUUGUAUCUGUUGAAGCAGAAGAUGUAAUUUUGUCCGAUGAUGGUGCAUACAAACUGAAUGCUGGUAAAAAAAUUGAUAUUCAAAACAGAAAAGAUUGUAGACUCUGAUUAAAAAUUCAUCUUCAGAGUCAUGUGACUUCAUGUUUCAAGACUAUUUUGUUUACUAUAAUUUACGGUCCUUAUAAAAUUUAAGAUAACAAACUCACAUAUAUCUUAAAAUAAAGCACAUUUUCAUCUUCCAAAAUUAAAGAUUAAAUCCACUGUAAGACCUUGAGCAAUUAAAAUGUUGUUUUUUAUUGGCAUCCAAGUGCGUGGUAUUUUUUUUAAACCUUACCAAUGCUUAUCAGUGUAGAAGCGUGCUUUCCAGACUUUGUAUUGCAACACAAUUGUGCAAAUAAGCAAUACCAACAUUCAAAAAGUUUUUACCCAUAUGUCACAUGGCUUUUACAUUGUUAGGCUGAAUCCACUCUUUUCCCAUACAAAUAUACACUGGGUUUAGCAUUUUAAUGGUCACAUUCAUUUAAUUUAAAGCCCAACAUUGUUAUUCCCAUUUAUGUUUUAAACAUUGUUUUUGCCUUCUAGUGUGCAGAUUUUGAAUUAACUUAAAUUUUAAGUUAUCGCCAAGCAUCAGUUUCCUGGCUUCUCUAAAUGUGCAAUAUGGUUUGUUCUAACUCGCUAUCAAAGCUGGGGAGCUGGUGCAAUGAUUUUAAUGUUUAGUUAUUGUUGAAACUAAAUUUAAAAUAAAUUUGCAGUUUCUUCAUCAAUUUAGAGUUGAAUUAUGUGUAAAAUUGUUUAGUUUCUCAUUAUGAAAAAAGAAAGGAUUGUCAGAUAACAUUUGGGAUGAACAAAAUUUAGCAUGCAAAAAGUAUUGUCCAUGCAUCUUUUAACAUGAAUUCUUUGAGAUACAACACACGUUAGUGCAUACUUGCCUUGAACUGUAAGCAACAAAUGUUACACUUACUCAUGUGAAUAUAAUUUCUCAAUGGCAGAUUUUUCAGCCCAAGUAUACAAAGCUGUCAAGGCUGCCUGUUUGAAACUUGUGUCAGUUGAGAAAGAACUAAAUGAGUUGGACAAACAGUCUGGAGAUGGCGAUUGUGGAUCUACAGUAGCACUUGGGGCUAAUGGUAACAAAGGAUUAUAAUAAUUUUUUUUGCAUGUCAUUAUUUUAACUAGUUUCUAUAGUUUCUAUUUUUCCCAAAUGUUUUGGUUAAAUUUCUCCAUCUUCAUGUUUUAACAACUUACUAUCUUUAGGGGCUGUCCACUUUUAAGUAGAAAUAAAUCAUAAUAUAAAUAUUUUGUAUUUUAAAGAAAAAAAAUUAACACUAUUAUUGUAGCAAUAAUACACACCGUACAAUAAAAUAAUUACAUUCUUGAUAUAUAACAAUUAGAAGAAAAGGAAUGUAUGGUUCUCAUAUAUUAUUAAGACAGUCAAUGUUCCCAAUAAUGUGAAAAUUAAUUUAAGAGAGCAACACUGCUAUGUCAUCUUAAUAUUAAUCUUAUUUCCAUUUUAAAACAAAAUGAUAUGCAGACUUAAGGUAAUGGCGUACAUGAUAUAUUUAAAAGUUUAAUUCAUCUGCUGAGCCUAAAUUAGUAAGAAUAACCUUUGUGUUGAAAAUGUUGCUUUUAUUGUAUUUCUUUUGAGUAAUUGUUUUGCUAUGUAUGGGUUACAUUUUUCCCUGUGUUAUUUAACAUGGUUUUUGGUGCAUGAUACUUUAAUCAAAUAGAUAUUUUAAUAAUUUAAGAAAUUUAUAGUUGCACAUUUGUCAUAAUUUUAAUCUCUAGCAAUUUUAAAGAAGCUGGGAGACCUCUCUAAACCAAAUCUUCCUGUGGAUUGUCCACAUGCUUUAGCACUGAGUCUAGGUCAGAUUACAGAAAAUGUCAUGGGUGGAUCUUCAGGGGCUGUAAGUGCUCUCAAAAACGCUUGUGCAUUUAAUGGUCUUUAGUUGCUUGUACAUGAGAAAGCUGCAUGCUUUGGUGAAAUAGGGUAACAUUCAGUUUAUUUAAUAUGGUACAAAUGAUUUUCUGUAAUUCUAUUUGAAUUAUUUAUUUUUUAUUUCUAAUAUUAGUUUCAUUCUUUCACAACUAAAAUAAUUUUUUUUGCAACGCUGUAGAAAGUACUGUUAAAAAUACUAAAAUAAAUUUGAAAAAAAUCUAUGUUACCUAUAUAUUUCUUUUUCAUUACUAUAUAUAAACAAUUUAUAUUUAAAGCAAUCCACAUUAUAAACUUUUUGUUUGAAAAAAGCCCUAAAAUGCCUUGUCUGGGUAUAAUGUUAUCUGUUCAUCUUGUCCAUUAUAAUACAAUACCUAUUAACGAAAUAAAAAAAAAAAAUUUUUAUAUUUAAAUUAAUUAACUGUUGUAAUACCAAUACAACUAUGCUAAUAUCGCUUCAUAGGGAAGGGAACGGCUUAUAUUACUUGUGCUAUAUGCAUAAAGAAUGCAGGAUCAGUCACAGAAUGGGAAUGGGCCAAGAAGAGUUGGUUGAGUUAGUAGGCCUAUAUAUUGUAAUGAAAAAAUUAUAACAUCUGCAAAUGUGAACCCAUAUUUUUAAGUAGCAUUUUUUACCCCAGAUUUCUCACACUAUAUGUGGUAAUAUAAGGUUCAUUAAAUUUAUUGACAUAUAAAUGAUAAAAGAUGCCUCUAUCUAAUAUAGUUUUCAAAAUAGCUGCACCCCAAGCGCUUAAAAUGUAAAUUAUAAUAUUAUAGAAUUGUACAUGGACAUUUUUCACUAAUUUUUAAUCGCUCUGUUUAUGAUAUUGUUAUAUUGCUUAAUCUCCAAGAUUAAAAAUUAUGUUGGGUUAUAAAAAAAACAGUUAAAUCAUAUCCUUUAAUUAUCCUUACUUGUUAUAUACCCGGUAGCUCUACAGUUUGUUCUUCACAAGUGCAGCCCAAGAAUUGAAGACAGCAAAUCUAAAGAGUCUUACUGCUGCCCUUAAUGCUGGAUUGGAUGCAAUCAUGAAGUAGGCUAUAAAUUAUUUUCUGUAACUUUCAGCAACUAAUUUCUUCUUUUUCAGUAUCACUUUGAUCUAUUAUGUUUAAAUGACAUGAUUUAUUUACUUUUUCCCUCAACUUCACUCAUUAAACUGACCAAAGUUUUGUAUAAUGAAUAAUGAACAAGAUUUUGGUAUAAAUGGCUUAGUGAAAAUUGCUUCAUUUUCUGUCAAUUUCUUUGUGGAAGAAGAAUACAAAUAGGUGUACAGGAUAAUAAAAGGAUGGAAUCUCAAAUAUAAUUAAUUUUAUCCAAUAUAAUAUCAUAAAUUAUUUGCUAUGAGUUUGCUUGAUGUGCAUGUUGCAAUGUUUUCAUAAUUACUUUUAGUAUGCUCUGCUGACCUGUGUAGGUCACUUCUCUAAAAGACUUGUAUUUGAACUUAAAUAUUAAGUAUCAAAAUUGAAAUUAAAUUUAUUAAUUGAGAGUUAUGUUUACCUUUAUUUUAACUAAGUAAACCAUAUUUUUAAAAAAUCUAAUUUUAACAAACCCAAAAUGAUGGAGAUACUUCAUCUAAAUCUAAGGAAUGGCCAUAACAAUAGUAAUACCGGUUGUUAAGUUUCUGUAGUUUUUUUUUAACAGAAGUAAAUCUUCAAACUGAAGUUUUCUCUUGCCUUUCAAAGCUUACCUUAGAGAAUUUCUUUACAGAACUGUAGCUGUUUAUUUAGCUGACCCAUUUCAAGGCAAUAUAAUUUACAAGUAUUACAGUAAAUGUUUUUUGUUUCUUUGCAGAUAUGGAGGAGCUAAGCCAGGGUACCGCACUAUGGUAUAAUUUUUAGUGCAGUUUAAAAUUGUAAAGUUUUAUUUACCUUUUAUAAAUUUUCAACCCAUUUUAUCUUUAUUUGAAAUAAAUCAUAUUUUUUGCCCUUUAACUUGAAUUGAUCAUUGCAAUUUUAUAUAAUUUUUUUUUCUUGUUUUUAUUUAUAUUUGAAUAUUGCUCAAUUUUCUAUUAUUUUUUAAUAUCUUUAUUAAAAGAAUUUGUACAGUACCAACAUAUUAUUUAAUUGGUUACAAGAGAAGAAACAAUGACAAGGUCCCUGGAGAUGACAGAAUAUGCACAGAGUUGCUUAAGGCGGGGGACCAGACAAUUCCAAAACCCUGCAACAUAUACCACAGAAUUUCUGUUACACCAAAGAUGUUCCAUCAACUUUGGAAGUCGGGAGCUACCAUCCAACUGCUAAAAAAGGAUCUAAGUGAUUGCACCAACUGACAAGAAAUCCCCAUCUUGUCAUUCACAAGCAAAGUUUUCUAAGGCUCAAAACAAGAUGAAGAUGGUUUGGUCAUAUUUGUUCAUUUCCCAGGACAGCCUUAAGAUGAAACCUCAACAAACAAACAAAAAAAAAAAAAAAGGUUCCAGUACCACCAAAAGAAAUGUGCACAGAACAUUGGCACUGGAUCUGGGGAAUAGUAUUCAAAAGCAAAGUUUUCUAAGGCUCAAAACAAAAUGAAGAUGGUUUGGUCAUAUUUGUUCAUUUCCCAGGACAGCCUUAAGAUGAAACCUCAACAAAAAAAAAAAAAAAAAAAAAAAGGUUCCAGUACCACCAAAAGAAAUGUGCACAGAACAUUGGCACUGGAUCUGGGGAAUAGAAAUCUGAGCCUUUAGACAGCUCCUUCAGAAAGCUGCUAAUAGUCAUAAGUGGUGUUCGUUUGCCAUUGUCUAAAGUACCUGUCACCACACAAAGACUGAGUGUACGAAGCAAAGAAAAAAGAUUAAUUUCUCUUAGCUUUUACCUUCAAAAUAUGACUCACAAUUAGACUUUAAAAAAUCAAUUUAGUUAUACAUUUUUUUAUUAUAAUGUUUACUGGCGUUGAAGAAAUUAUUAAUUGAUUUCAAAGUGCUGUUGCAAAACAAUUUUUUAAUUAUAAAAAAAAAUAAUUAGCAUUCAUUUCUACUUUUUUUUAAAAACCCUUUUGCUUUAGGUAGAUCCACUCUAUGCUGCUUGUGAGUCACUAAAAGACAAAGAUUUAGACAAAAUAACUACAUCAGAUGCAAUAAAAAUAGUUGCUGAGGUAAGUUACUUCCCACUAAAAUACUUUGUUUAUCAUCAUAAAUUUUGUGACUGGUUUCUUGCCUAACUUUUCAUAUUUUGAAACAUUGAGUCACUUAAAACUAAAAAUGUUUUUUAAAUAUUUUUUUUCAUAUACCAUACAGGCAGCUCAGAAAGCUUCAGAAGACACUGUUUCAAUGGAUGCUCAGGCAGGGAGAGCAAGUUAUGUUAACAAAACUUUAUUAACAAAACCUGAUCCAGGAGCUGUAGCAUUGUCAACAUGGCUCAAAGCAAUUGCUGAAUCUUUGUAAAGUAAAAAAGUUGAACUGUUGAAAAACUAACUACCCUCUUAGUAUAAUAUUCCAUUCCAUUAAAAGUGAUUUUAUCACACUAAAAUCAAUUCAGAUCGUUCAACUUUUUAAAAAUAUUUAUCUAGUCCUAUUAUACUUAUAAUUCACUUACAUAUGCCUUUUACCAAGUCUGGGGCAUAAGCCGUUCACAAGAAUUUUCCAUUCAUCAUGGUCCUAUGUUAUUAUAAGGUAUAUUGGUAUAUCUAAAAAGUUGGACAAAUAAUUUAAAAACUGCAAUCAUUUUUGUUGAUUGGAUCUGAAAACAAAAGGUAUUAAGCAUUGCAUUUUUAAUGCAUAGCAGCAGUUAGAAAAAAUGUGCGAUCUCGAUCAUAUUUUUAAAUUCAAAUAUAAAUGAAAGAAUUGUUUCUAUCAAAUUCAUUUAUGGUUAAUUGUAACGUGAAAGUAAUAAAUGCAAUAUCAUUUUUAUUUAUAUUAAAAUUAAACCUUUUCACUUUUUAUUUCUCCUAGAAAUAUUUAUAGCCAGAUUUUUGGUACAAGGAGACCAGAUUUCAGAAAAAUUUAAUAAUCAGAUUUUUUAUUAAUCAGUAUUACUAUUUUAUAUUGUAAUUGUUUCAAUUAAAAUAUUAUAAUUAAUACCUAAAAAGAAAUGUUACAUUUUUCAUAGAAAAUAUAUUUUCUGCAAUUUAUGUUUGUUACUUUACUGAUGCAAUUUUAUGACUGAUUUUAAUCUGCUAUUCAUUUUUUAAAAUCUUAAAUUUAUUGUGAAAAUUUAUGUUUAACAUAGUUUAGGGAGAAUUCAGUUUCAGUACCAUUUAGAGUCUAUGUCAUGUAAUAUAAUUAAUUACAUAUAAUUUUGAUAUAAUUGUCACAUCUCCCACAGAAAUAUUCUGUUUCAUUAGAUUACAGAAUUAAUUAUUUCUGAAUGCCUACUUUUUACAUAGGCUAGUAAAUAAAUUUUUCUCUGUACAGAUAAUUUUGGUUCUUGAAAUAUAUCAAUAAUAAACAUUUUUAAAUAGAAUAUUAAUAGACAGUAAAUUCCCAGGAAGGAGAGAAUUGCUUAUUUCUCUGCUAACAACCAUCAAGAUUACACAACAUACUGACUUAAAUGCAGAUACUGAUCACAAGACAUUCAUUAGUAGCCUAUACACAUGAAUCUCAAUUUUUAUAAUCCGUAUCAUAGAAUGUGUAGAAAAGAAGUUAUUUUGUCACAAACUAUUGUAACAAUUGAAUAGUGAUUUUAUUUUAGAGUCAAGGUCUUUUGCAGACAUAUAGAAGACAUAAUGGAAAGGCAAACUUCAUGGCUCAUACUCAUAUAUUUAUUUAUAAGGGUGAAUAUUUCUGUGACACAAAAUAUAACUAAAGUUAUCUUGAAAACUAUGAAAAAUUCCUGGUUUCUCAUACAAGUAUAAAUAAAUUUUCACGACUGUCAAAGUCAUUACACCCCGAGUUUCCUCCUCCGUGGCAGCCUGUAUCAAAUUCUAACUAUUACACUUCUUCGAGAUAGUGAUUACAUAUUAAAUUAAGGGAUGCCCUUUUCACAUGGCCCUGCCCAAAGACAACGUGGCACCCCAGAGUGAUGUGGCGCAUAUUCUGAGAACCACUGGGCUCGCCAUACAGAGAAAACCUGUGGCACUUUUUUUUUUUUUUCUGACUGAUUUGCUCAUUGCCUACUUUUGAGUGUGCCUUGUCUUUACAUCACUAAAAUCCUCCCUUAUAAUGGAUCAUCACAAUAACUACUUUGUCUAAUCCAAAGCAUAUCUAAUGACUUCAGCACUAUGACUACAUCAGCCAACUCUAGAUCUUAAACUCUGGUCUACUGUUUCUCAUCGGCAAAUACAAAAAAAGAAAUCAAAUUUGGUUGUCCAUCCAAUGUGUGCAUGGUCAUCAUUUCUCUGACUUGCAAGCCACAAAACCAAUUACCUGUACCUGUACGAUACAUAACUUUUCCCAAGUAGUACCGUGGUGCUUUCAUACACUGUAAGUUGCCAUCCUGCAUGUUUACUUCCCAUACCGUGUCCUGAUAAAAAAUUCAGCCCACCCCUCUUAUGUGGCACAUAUGACUUUUCAUAUUCUCAUCAGCACCAUUUUAGAUCACCUGUGUGACUGAGAAUCUAUUGAAUACUUUUUUUUAGUAUGAGCAAUGUUAAAUUAAUUUUCAAUUACUCAAGGGUGGAUGCAUCUUUGACUCUCCCAAAGCAGCUAACCCUGGGUCUAAUUAAGUUAUUUAAAAAAUAUUAGCAUACAACCUUCCUAACCAGACACUUCUUGUAAUGGAUAUAAUUAUCACAAUGAAGUUUGAACAAUGAAUAUUUUAAUUUUAUUGCGUUAAGUUUGUUAGAGAUUAUUCUGUGCCCAGUCACACAAGCAUUCCUGACUUUCACAAUAAGAGGCUUAAAUGAGUGGGAAAUAGGCCUACAACGUGUACUUCCUUAAUAUGUUAUAUAGUUCAUUAAACUUAACCUUUUCCAGGUC